GCGCGGCCGCCCCACGGGGACCAUGUCAGAGAUGCUCCUGCUCAGGUCUGCCAACUCCAUCCUGAGGACCAUGUUCUUAAGCAGACUGCGGCCAGGUGGGCCUGGGUGCGUUCGCAAACUUAGUUUGAACCUGCAGUACCAGCAAGGAAUAAGGCCGAAUGUGACAAGCAGCAGCUCCCUGACUGAUGGGCAGACGCUCUCCAAAGAGUCCCUAAGCCAUGCUCUCGUGCUCUCGUCCUCAGAGAAGGAGAAGGAUGUCCAGCCGGAUGGGUCAGAGGAGAAGCUGUGGACAACGCGGGCAGACGGACGCGUGCGCACACGCAUCCACCCCACCUGCCCACAGCCUCCCUACACUGUGCACCAGAUGUUCUCCGAGACCCUGGACAAGUAUGGGGACCUCCGUGCUAUAGGCUUCAAGCGCCAGGGCACAUGGGAGCACAUCUCCUACUCCCAGUACUACCUGCUGGCCCGAAAAGCCGCCAAGGGCUUCCUGAAGCUCGGCCUGGAGCCGGCGCACAGCGUGGCCAUCCUCGGCUUCAACUCCCCGGAGUGGUUCUUCUCGGCGGUGGGCACGAUAUUUGCAGGCGGCAUUGUCACUGGCAUCUACACCACCAGCUCCCCCGAGGCCUGCCAGCACAUCGCCCAUGACAGCCGUGCCAACGUCAUUGUGGUUGACACACAGAAGCAACUGGAAAAGAUCCUGAAGACCUGGAAAGACCUGCCCCAUCUGAAGGCUGUAGUGAUAUAUGGAGAAGCACCUCCAGAGAAGAUGGCCAGUGUGUACACGAUGGAGGAGCUCAUGGAGCUGGGGGAUGAGCUGCCCGAGGAGGCCCUGGACUCCAUCAUCAACACCCAGCAGCCUAACCAGUGCUGCGUGCUGGUCUACACCUCCGGCACCACCGGGAGCCCCAAGGGCGUGAUGCUAAGUCAAGACAAUAUCACGUGGACAGCACGGUACGGCAGCCAGGCCGGCAACAUCCAGCCCGCGGAAGUCCAGCAGGAGGUGGUGGUCAGCUACCUGCCCCUCAGCCACAUCGCCGCUCAGAUCUACGACUUGUGGACGGGCAUCCAGUGGGGGGCCCAGGUCUGCUUCGCCGAGCCUGACGCCCUAAAGGGGAGCCUGGUGAACACGCUGCGGGAGGUGGAGCCCACGUCCCACAUGGGGGUGCCUCGAGUGUGGGAGAAGUUCAUGGAGCAGAUCCAGGCGGUGGCGGCUCAGUCUGGCUUCAUCCGGCGCAAGAUGCUGCUCUGGGCCAUGUCGGUGACCUUGGAGCAGAACCUCACCUGCCCAGGCAGCGACCUGAAGCCCUUCACGGCCAGACUGGCAGAUUACCUAGUGCUCGCCAAGGUCCGCCAGGCGCUGGGCUUUGCCAAGUGUCAGAAGAGCUUCUACGGGGCUGCCCCCAUGACCGCUGAGACGCAGCACUUCUUCCUGGGCCUCAACAUCCCCUUGUACGCAGGCUACGGCCUCAGCGAGACCUCGGGCCCCCACUUCAUGUCCGGCCCCUGCAACUACCGGCUCUACAGCUCCGGCAAGGUGGUGCCAGGCUGCCUGGCGAAGCUGGUGAACGAGGAUGCCGAGGGCAUCGGGGAGAUCUGUCUGUGGGGCCGCACCAUCUUCAUGGGCUACCUGAACAUGGAGGACAAGACGCGAGAGGCCAUCGACGCCGAGGGCUGGCUGCACACGGGGGACAUGGGGCGUCUGGACACGGACGGCUUCCUCUACAUCACCGGGCGCCUCAAAGAAUUAAUCAUCACAGCUGGUGGAGAGAACGUCCCCCCUGUGCCCAUCGAGGAGGCCGUGAAGAUGGAGCUGCCCAUCGUCAGCAAUGCCAUGCUGAUCGGGGACCAGAGGAAGUUCCUGUCCAUGCUGCUCACCUUGAAGUGUGUGCUGGACCCAGACACCUCCGAGCCGACGGACAGCCUAACUGAACCAGCUGUGGCCUUCUGCCAGAGAGUGGGCAGCAAAGCCACCACCGUGUCUGAGAUUGUGGGCACCAAGGAUGAGGCCGUGUAUCAGGCCAUUGAGCAGGGGAUCCAGAGUGUCAACAGGAACGCAGCUGCCCGGCCCUACCACAUCCAGAAGUGGGCCAUUCUCCAGAGGGACUUCUCCAUUUCGGGUGGAGAGUUGGGUCCGACGAUGAAGGUGAAACGGCUCACGGUUCUGGAGAAGUACAAAGACAUCAUCGACUCCUUUUACCAAGAGCAGAAGAAAUAAUCAGGGGCCAUCCUCCCAGUUUCUGCUGAAGACGGCAGGCCUUUUGGAGGGUCAUCCUGGGCUCCAGGUCCUCCUCGGUCUGGGCGCACGGAUGCCCAGCAAGGCUGUGAGGUCUCCGUGUCUGGCCAUGGCACUGGUGUCCACAUUUACCGGGUCUAUCACCAGCAGCCGCUGACGAUUCCAGAAGCUUCACAUGUGAAUAGUUUUACUUUUAAGCAUUGCUUUGUGUUCAGGUGACAAACGAGAUCAGCUCUCCCCCUGGAAGUAAAGGGCAGGCUGCUGGCUCACGUGGGGGAGGGUGGAGAGGGAUGGCCGGAGUUACUUGGCGCGCUGCAGGAGAGCCCAUGGUCAGGCCGACCUCCUCUGGACCCAUGGCUGCUGCCCACCCCGCCGUGCCAGCCCUGGGCGCUGGGCACCUCACACUUGCCGACUGACCUGAAGCUUAAUAAAACCGCUGUUGCCUGUUUGUACUGUGAUCUGAAUAUUAAACCAUUUAACAGAAUUGCCAGCAAGUACCUGAUUUUUCUUGUCAGUUGAGCAGGCAGGCCAGGGAGUCGUGGGUAUUGAACCCACGGGACCAUGAGCCACGGGUGUGACCCUCCGCGUCCUGGAGCCCGCACAGCGCAGGACGGCGUUGAGGGGAGGCCGCUGUGAAAGGCGGCUCGCGCUAGCCCUGCACCCCAAAUACGUAGCCUGUGACCUCAGACACGUCUCAGUCAGUUCUGGAAUUCAUUACUAGGGCGGAUCGUUGGCGCGAUCCAACAGAGCAGAGAAAGCCGCAGCCUGAACCAAGUCAAACACACGUUGAGACGUGAGUGGUGCCAAGCCUGAGAAAGCGUCCAGACAGGGAUCCUCGCUAAGGAAUCCUGUGCUCAGGGUGCGCUCUGCAAGGCCCACGGGUUCGCAAUGCCAUCCGGGGCGGGGGGGCAAGAAGAGGACAGGAGUCGCCGAAAAUAGUGACUUGGGAGUCUGACAUAAAGUGCAGUCGUGCUGGGGCGGCGGCGGGGGGGGGGCGGGGUCAGCGGCUGAGCCCUGGCCCCGCCGCAGGCUCAUCUCUGGCCGGCGCCGCUGAGGUGGGACAGCAGGCAGUGACCCGGUGCCCUGGGGAUGGGGCAGGCCAGCCAGCACCCCCAGCUCAACUGCAGCCAGAACCGAGGCGCUGGGGGCCCUGGGCGGCUACAGGCAGAGUGGACCACACGCGGCUGGCCCUGCGCCAGAGACGCCUCCCACUGUCCAGCAA